AAGACAUCUCUCACCCCGCCUACUAAGUCUUCGACAGAAACUCAUCGCCCUUGGAGCUCAACCUCGAAUAGGUCACACCCGUACAUCCACUCUGAAAGCCGCCUCACUGGGCCGAUUCGUCCUUCAACCCCCAAGAAGGAAUUCGGCAAAAUGGACUAUCGCCUGGUCCUCUUCCUAUACCGCAAAACAGAUAUUACACACGCCGAGUUCAGAGAUCAUUAUGAAUACAUACACAUACCCCUCACCCGAGAACUCACCGGCUCCCGCUUCCCCUCACUGCACUCGAGACGGUACAUUGAGCGGUCGUCGAAGGACGAGCCAACCGUUCUCAUCGGGAAAAGCACUGGAGAGGAGCCUGAUGCUGUGGUGGAAAUUGGAUUCAAGAACGAAGAGGCGGCGCAAGCGUUCUUCGAUGUGACCAACUCUGGGGAGGUUGAAGAGAGGUUGCGGAAGGAUAAUGCGCAGUUUCUGGACUGGGAGAGGCUUAAGAUUAUGAGGAUCGGGGACGCGUUUGAGACGCGAAGGGAGGACUGAGGCAAUGAGAUCCUAUCUCUGAGAGGACGCUGUAUCCUUAAUGAGGUCAUAUCUUCUGCGAGGAUGAUGUCGGCAAUUUGUUCUGCCGCUUACGUCGACACAGCUACUAAAACCUCCGCAGCAGCUCCAUUAAUCCUUUUCUUCUUGCCUCUUUUUUUAUGCCUUUAGUUCCGGGACGAGGAGAACGGUCUUGACUGCUUCUGCAAAACGCCU